CCCUGGUGUCCCGGGGGUCCCGGGCUGGGGGUCCCAGGGGUCCCGGGGGUCCCGGGGGAGGCGCGGGAGUGCGGGGGCCGUGGGCGGGGCGGGGGCUGUUUUUUAUGAAUGGGCCGCGAUUACUAUGCGGCGCGCGCGCUCCCGCGCUGGCCGCGCGGGCGCUGAUUGGCUGCGGCGCGCCAUUGACGUCACGGCGGGCCGGGGGCCGUGAGUCACGCCGAGCCCCCCGAGCCCCCGGCCCCGCUCGGGCGCUAUAACCCGGCCGGGCCCAUGGCAGCGCGGCCCCGCCGGGCAGCCCAGCGCAGCCCGGGCCCCGCGUCCCGCCAGAAAAACCCCCUCGGAGCAAACAGCGAGCCCACCCUCAAGCCCCGCUGCUCUGCCCACCCUCCUGAAGACAGCCCUUGGGGGCAGGCAGCCCUGUCCCGCCGGGUGGCACAGGGCAGCCCGCGGGCAGCAGGUGCUGAGGGGCUGCUCUCGGAGGUCCCUCUGCCACCAUGAUGGAGAAGGGGCCCCCCAACUCCAGCGAGGGCCAGCAGGGCUGGUUCUCAGCCAGGAACGGCAGCGGCAGCUCCGUGGGUCUGGAGUCCGUGGCGCAGCCCCUCGCCCUGAGCCCCUGGGACGUCGUGCUCUGCGUCUCGGGGACCAUCAUCUCCUGCGAGAACGCCGUGGUGCUGCUGGCCAUCCUCCACACGCCGGCCCUCCGCGCCCCGGCCUUCCUCCUCCUCGGCAGUCUGGCCACCGCCGACCUGCUGGCGGGGCUGGGGCUGCUGCUGCACGGCGCCCUCGAGUACCUCGUGCCCUGGGAGGCGGCCAGCCUGCUGACCGUGGGGCUGCUGGUCGCCUCCUUCACGGCCAGCGUCAGCAGCCUGCUGAGCAUCACCAUCGACCGCUACCUGUCCCUGUGCAACGCGCUGACCUACCACUCGGAGAGCACGGUCAGCAGGACGCACGUCAUGCUGCUGCUCACCUGGGGAGCCUCCGCGUGCUGCGGGCUGCUGCCCGCGGCGGGCUGGAACUGCCUGGGGCAGCCCUCGGCCUGCAGCGCGGUGCGGCCGCUGACCCGCGGCCAGCUGGCCGCGCUGGCCGCCUGCCUGCUGGCCGCGCUGGCCGCCGUGCUGCAGCUCUACGGCGCCGCCACGCUGGCCGUCACCCUGGGCACGCCGGCGGCCUGCUGGCUGCCCUUCGCCCUCCACGGGCUGCUGGGGGGCCGCAGCUCGCCCGCCCUCCACACCUACGCCACGCUGCUGCCCGCCGCCUACAACUCCCUGCUGAACCCCGUCAUCUACGCCUUCCGCAACCGGGAGAUCCGGAAGGUUCUGUGGGCCGCGUGCUGCGGCUGCUCCGCGCCGCCCUGCCGCGCCCGCUCGCCCAGCGACGUCUGAGCCCCCGUGCCUUGCUGCUGGGCGUCCUUGGGUCCCCCUCUUCGUCCCGCAGGAGCUCCUGGAGCCAAGCAGCUCUUCCCAGCCUUGUCCUUUUUGGGCACAGCCCCUUCUUUUCCUCUAUUUUUCCACUUUUUGAAUGGAGAGAAAGACGUAUUUUUUAUCCGUAAUAUAAUCUGUAUUUAUGCCUGAGAGAGAGGGGGCUGAUCCUCAUAUUUUCUUUAAAACUAUUUAUGAUGCUUUAUUUUUUAAGGGUGGGGAAACGCCAGGAACGUUCACCCCCCUCUUGUUUUUGUUUUUUUUUACAACCUUGUUGUUUACCUCAGAUAGUCAAAAUAUAUUUUAUACAUUUGGGGAGGGGGAGGAGAGACUCGUUACCGGAGGAGGAGGAGGGACUCAGCCCCCUCCCCCCCUUCUCCCCGCCGUCCAUUUAUUUAUUUAUUGGUAUUUGAAUUAUUAUUUAAUUUGAUUUCCGUGCCUCCCUCCCGCAUCCAGCGCUGGGCCCUGCUGCCCUCUAGUGCUCGCUGCCUUCAGGAGGGGGGGCUGCCGGAGGCGCUGCACCCCCAAACCCACGAGUUCUGGGGUCCCCUGUGUGCUGCCCACCCCCCCCGGCACCCAGGGCUCCCCCUGCCAAAGCCUUUCUUUGCACUGGGAUUGGAUUUGCACAUUUUGGGCUGGGGAUUUGGAUGUGAAGGGGACCCCCGGGAUGGGGACCCCUGGGUGGGUCAGGGUGGGGGGCUGCUUCUUGUUUACAACUCUGGGAGGGGAAUAAAUGGAUUUGUGGUGUGAGGUGCGGCCGUUUGGUGCUGGCGCGGAGUUCCCGGGGGGCACAGAGGCGGGGGCUCCCGGCUCCCACCAGGGCCAUGCCCCCGCUCGUGUCCCCGCUCCCGGCCGGGAGAUGCCGAGUGACAGCGCUGCCCGCGCCCUUCACAUCGCGUUAGCCGGAGCUGGCCCGGGGGAGCAGCGCUCCGGCCCCCGCCCCUCCUCAUCCUCACGGCCCCAGCAGGCGCAGGGGCUGCAUCCAGCCCGGCUGGUGACAUGUGACACCGGGGAUGGCGAGGACUCAUCGCCCCCAGGGGCUGCAGCCCGGCCCUGCGUCCAGCGGGAGCAGCAGCUCUGCCUCCCCCCGCCCCUCUCCCCAGCGCCCCCACACCCAAACCUGCCCGCGCAGGGUCCCGACGCCCAUCCCUGCUGCCUGUGGGGGCAGGGGAGGCUGCAUUAAUGAAGGCAGAGCUAAUUAGGGCAGCGCAGCCCCGCCGGGGCAGGUCUGUGCCCGCUCGGGGGGCAGCAGGUUGCCCAGGGGCGUUUGAGCCGGGAUGUGGCAGCGCCCCGGGCCGGGGGCAGCCCGGGCUCGGUGCCCAGGGACCCGUGUGGCUCUGUGCCCCCUCGGGCUCGGACCUGCUUAUGGCAGAGGAAAUGCAGAUUUCCCCGGGCUGAGCGAUGAGGGGAGGUGGGGCUGGGAGGGCUGAAGGACCCCCAGAUUGUCCCUGCUCUCCCAGGCUGGGCUCAGCACCGGGGAUGGGGAAUUUUGGGCUCCCCCUGUCCCCAGUGAGGCUGAGCCAGAGGCUGGAGCUGUUCACUCUACCCCAGGGCUCAGCCGAGAUCCCUCAGGAGAUA